CCCGUCCGGCCCGUCCUGAAGCGGCCCCGGCCAUGGCGCGCCCGUCGCUGCCGCUGCUGCUGCUGGCGCUGGGGCUCGCCGCCGCCGCCAAGUCCCCGUACCAGCAGGUCCUGCAGCACAGCCGCCUCCGCGGCCGGCAGCACGGCCCCAACGUCUGUGCUGUGCAGAAGCUGAUUGGCACCAACAGGAAAUACUUCACCAACUGCAAGCAGUGGUACCAGAGGAAGAUCUGCGGGAAGGCAACAGUGAUCAGCUACGAGUGCUGUCCUGGAUAUGAAAAAGUUCCUGGAGAAAAAGGCUGCCCAGCUGCACUGCCACUCGCAAACAUCUACGAGACCCUGGGAGUGGUGGGCUCUGCCACCACACAGCUCUACUCCGACCGCUCCAACCUGAGGCCAGAGAUCGAAGGACCUGGAACUUUUACUAUUUUUGCCCCAAGUAACGAGGCCUGGGCUUCCUUGUCUGCUGAAACACUGGAUUCCUUGGUCAGCAACGUCAACAUUGAGCUGCUCAAUGCCCUCCGCUACCACAUGGUGAACAAACGGGUCCUCACGGAUGACCUGAAGCAUGGGACAACGCUUAACUCCAUGUACCAGAACCUGCCCAUCCAGAUCCACCACUAUCCCAAUGGGAUUGUGACUGUGAACUGUGCCAGGCUGCUGAAAGCUGACCACCACGCCACCAACGGAGUGGUUCAUGUCAUUGACAAAGUCAUCUCCACCACCACGAACAGCAUUCAGCACAUCGUUGAGACUGAGGAAAGCCUGGAGACCCUUCGGGCUGCUGUGGCUGCUUCUGACCUCAACAGCUUGCUGGAGAGUGAAGGCCAGUACACUCUUCUGGCUCCAACCAACGAAGCCUUUGAGAAGAUCCCACGAGAGAUGCUGAACAGGAUCCUGGGGGACCCAGAAGCCCUGAGGGACCUGCUGAACCAUCACAUCCUGAAGUCAGCCAUGUGUGCUGAGGCCAUCAUCGCUGGGCUGACGAUGGAGACGCUGGAAGGAACCACCCUGGAUGUGGGCUGCAGUGGGGAAGAGCUGACGCUCAAUGGGAGGGCCAUCAUUGCCAACAAGGACAUCCUGGCUACCAACGGUGUUGUCCACUUUGUCAAUGAGCUGCUGAUCCCAGACUCAGCUAAGACCCUGUUUGAGUUGGCCCAGGAAUCUGAAGUUUCGGAGUCUAUGAACCUUUUCAGACAAGCUGGGCUAAGUUCACAUCUAACUGGCAGUGAGCGGGUGACCCUCCUUGCCCCAGUGAAUGAGGUGUUCAAAGAUAAACGCCCCACUGUUGACAGCAGUAUGAAAAAUUUGCUUCUGAACCACAUUGUUAAAGAUCAGCUCUCCUCUAAAUAUCUUUACCACGGUCAGAAACUACAGACGCUGGGUGACAAGGAACUGAGAGUAUUUGUGUACCGCAAUAACCUGUGCAUUGAAAAUGCCUGCAUUGCUGCCCAUGACAAGAGAGGAAGGUUUGGGACACUGUUUAGUGUGGACAAGAUGUUGACCCCACCAACUGGCUCAGUGAUGGAUGUUCUCAAGGCAGACCAUCGCUUCAGUACGUUGGUGGCUGCAAUCCAGUCUGCAGGUCUCAUGGAGAACUUGAACAGGCCGGGUACCUUCACUGUGUUUGCUCCAACCAACGAAGCUUUCCGAGCCAUGCCACAGGGGGAACUCAACAAACUGAUGGGUAACGCCAAGGAGCUUGCCAGCAUCCUCAAGUUCCACAUGGCUGAUGAGAUCCUGGUGAGCGGCGCGGUCAGCGCUCUUGUGCGGCUCAAGUCCAUGCAGGGAGACAAGCUGGAAGUCAGCAUGAAAAACCACGUAAUACAUGUCAACAAGGAGCCCGUUGCUGAAAGCGACAUCAUGGCCACGAACGGUGUGAUUCAUGCUGUCAGCUCCGUCUUGCAGCCUCAGGCUUCAAGGCCACAAGAAAGAGGUGACGAGCCUGCAGACCCUGCAUUAGAGAUCUUCAAACAGGCAUCUGCUCUAUCUAAGGUGUCUCAAAGGAAUCCUCGGCUAGCACCCGUCUACUCCCGGCUACUGGCGAAGAUGAAGGAGAACUCGGGUGGGUUCUGACCAUGCCCAGUGCCUCCACCCCCCCGCCCUGCCCACGCCACGGGGGAAGGACAGAAUCGUUGAAAACCAAAUAUUGCCCUUAAGUUUAUUUUUGUUUCCAAUGGAAUGGAUCGGAAAAAUGAAAAGCCAUAUAUAUAUAUAUGUAUAUAUUUUUAAGACCGUUUUUAUUUGUUUUGGACCACAAAGUUUUCACCUUGAGGAUAGUUGGGUUGGGUUUUUUUGACAUACCCAGUUUUGGGCUUGCUACCUAUGAUGGACAAGGGCAGGCGCCUAAUUCAGGCCUGAUCCAGCAGCACAGAGAGAGGCUUAGAGCUCACCCUGGGGCUGCCUCGCCUGGGGAUGAAUUAAGGCCCCUGCUCCAGGCUCCCAGCUGUGGGUUCUGCAAAAACCAGGCUCCCAAAGUGGGAAGCUGGGCAAGAACUCACCAGAACCCCCAUCCAAACCAAGGCCAGAAGUGGGAAAUGUUGGCUGGAAUGGCCUGUGGAUGUUUAGCUUUCGAAGCAAAUGCAUCACCAGAGUUGCCAACUGUACUGCCAACAGUGACUGAUUUGGAGAGGGUAAAUUCGUUGAAUUCAUCAACCAGUACCCAAACAAUAUUUUUGUUGUUGUUUUUUUUUUUUUUUAAUUAUUAUUUUAUUGGGUUUUUGGUGGGUUUUUUUUUUGAACCAACAUUGGUUUCCUUCUCCUUUGUUUUAAAGGUCAACCAUACGAUUCUCAUUUGAUGGCUUUUAACAGAAGCCCCUAUUGACUUUGAAGAAAGUGCAUAAUUAUAAGCUAUGGAUUGAAGAGUUCUCUCUCCUUUUUUGUUUUUAAUUGGGUUUUGUUUAUGCCUAUGGAUUUUAAGUUUUGUUCACAAAAAGUACUGAAUUGAGAGUUCUCCCUGGCAGAAGCCUUCCAUUAAAUGGUGCCUUUGUAAUAAUGGUUGUGGUUUUUUUUUUCCUUUUGUAAUAAAAAAAAAAUAAAAAUAAAAUCAAAAAUAUAAAUAUGA